AUGCAGCUUCAAAAUAUAUUAUUUGGUGGACUUCUUGAGAUUUUUAUUCUGCAUACAAUAAAAGCGGAUAUUCCCGGAUGUCACUUUUAUGAAACUGUGAAUAUAUCGUCCAGCCAGCGGCUACCCAAUGGCUCAUACGUGUACCAGGGGCUCGAAGUUCCUGAACCCUUGACUGGCGAAUAUAAUUAUAUAAGAUCGGAGCUGGGUUACAAUAAAACAGUGAAGAGCCACCUACGAGGAUGCGUUUGCCAGCUGAAGCCUUGUAUCUGGAUCUGUUGCCGCUUUCAGGAUAUGGGACCAAAUGAAGAGUGUAACGAUGGUCUAAUGAAGGAGCUGGCUCGGAUAAAACCCUUUCUAAAUGUAACUCUUAGCAACGGAUCCGUCGCGGAAAAUAACUUACUAAGCGAUUUUAUUGUGAAUGGAAGUGUACUGCUACAGAGUGAUGAAAACAAAACGAUAAAGUUAAGGGGAUAUGACUGCCUCCAUCCAAAUCAGUUCAGUUCGGGAAACACUGAGUUCCUUGUGGCUGCCUUUCAUGGGGUUGCUAAUGAAUGGAACCUACCAGGAAGACCUCAGCUCAUUUGGCUUUCGGAAAUAUGUCUGAUUCUUACAAUCGCAGUGUAUUUAUAUGUAAAGGAGCUCCGCAAUCUGCAUGGAAAGUGCUUUAUCUGUUAUCUGUUCUGUACGUUUAUGUUUUUGGUUCAUGAAUAUCUGGCACUACUUGAUAUUCCUUUGCAGUUUUGCACUUUAAAUGGUUGCAGCUACUACUUUUUCUGGAUGGCCAAAUUAAAUUGGCUUUUGUCCCUGAGUCAUCAGAUGUGGAUAGGACUUACAUUGAUUAAUGGAACUGAAUAUCAACACAGCUUCCGCACCUACAGCAUCUUUGCAUGGGGCUUGGCGGCUAUUUUGACGGGAGUCUUAUUCCUGAUUGAUCUUAUUUUUGGUGACGAUUCAAAAUUGGUGGAUUGGAUUCCAGGUAUUGGUUGGGGCGAUUGUGAUUCAAAACAGGGCUGGAGUUUUAAAGUAUACAUUAAUGGUCCUUUCGCUGUACUGGUAGUAGUCAACACAAUAUUUUUUAUAUUGACAAGCAUCAGCAUUGUAAGGACGAAACUCAGACUGAAUGACUUCAUCGAUGACGAAAGGACAAUGCAUCAUAGUUCGAGAAUGCAGACGUACAUGAUGUUUUUACGGCUCACCAUCAUUAUGGACUUACAGUGGAGCAUUCGCUUAAUUGGUUUAAUUUUAUUUUUCAACUUCAACACGAAGGACACUGUCUUAAAAAUAUGUCACUACUGUGACUAUUGCAUUGGGAUUAUUAUUUUUGUAUUCUUUAUCCUGAAGCGCAGCACAAUUCGUCUGCUUAUUGAUCAUUUAGUGAUCCACGAUUGUCUCAAUAUUUUCAUACCAAAAAAACAUCAUAAAUAA